CUCUCGCUCUCGUCUCUCUCUUGCGUUCGCGUUCUCUCACAGUAUUCCUCUCAUCCGGGCGUACAUUCGGCAGGUCGGCUUCGAUACAGCUCCUCUCCUAUGUGGUGGCUCCCGCGACCAGCUCCUUGAACGUGAACAGUUAAGCUGAAGAGCGCUUUUCUAAAUACCACGAAAAUCUCACCGACUUUGGGGGGAGUUGGUCCUCGGUUGGAUAAGGUUUUCCCGCUCCGUGAGUUGGACCCAAAUCUCUAACUAUACCAGCAAUGGAUACUUGGCUUGGCUUCUGCCCAGGCUUGCACUUAACUCUGUGUACCUGGCUUCUGAUCUCCGCUCAUACCCAGCUAAAUGCCAAGGCGGAGAUAACUUGCGCAUCGUGCCAGUCGCCGGUCCAGCUACACCUGAAGGAAUUACAGCUGGAUACCGGUACGCACGCGGCUGAUGGUACGAGGCAGGCGGCCAAAGCUCUGGAACAGGUCCGGCUGGAGUACCAGCUACUCGGAGUUACUGACCAAAAUACUGGAGUACCAAGCGACACCCAACAGGCAGGUGUUCUCGUGGAUGAGCCGAGAUUCACUAGCGAUGGAGUUACCCCAAAAGUCGCUCUGGAAGAUUUAACUGGGUCUAGUGAAAACGAAGAAAGGUACCGUGGUGAAUAUAAUAUUGGGGUGGAUGAUUUGGGUAAGAUCAAGGAUGGUGCUGUGGAUGUUGCGUUACGGAGAGCGAAGCGAAGCGGUCCCGAACCCCCCGAGUUUAGGGAGAGCCUUAGGACCGGUGGCCCCGGUUUAGAAGGAGAGACAUCGGAUGAGAGAAGGAGUCCUGGUCCGUUACUGGACGGACACAGACUGGGCCGAUCCGAAUUCAAGUGGAACAGGGACGAGGGUCGAGGGACUUCCAGAGGAGAUGAUCCCAAACUAAGCAGCGCUACUUUCGCCUUGACCGGGGACUCAGCGCAUAACCACGCAGUGGUUUACUGGUCGGGGCAAAACAGCAGCGUGAUCCUGAUUCUGACCAAACUUUAUGACUUUCACCUGGGGAGUGUCACAGAGAGCACCUUGUGGAGAUCAACAGACUAUGGCUCCACCUAUGAGAGGAUGAAUGACAAAGUGGGAUCUAAGACGGUGCUGAGUUACCUGUAUGUCUGUCCAUCCAACAAGAGAAAGAUAAUGGUGCUGACAGACCCUGAGUUUGAGAGCAGUGUGCUCAUCAGCUCGGAUGAAGGAGCGAGCUAUCAGAAAUACCGCCUCAGCUUCUACAUCCUAAGCCUUCUGUUCCAUCCAACACAGGAGGAUUGGGCUCUAGCCUACAGCCACGACCAGAAGUUGUACGCCUCCCUGGACUUUGGGAGAAAAUGGCAGCUGGUUCAUGAGCAUGUGAACAGGUUCUACUGGUCUGUAACGGGUCUAGACAAGGAGUCAGAUCUGGUCCACAUGGAGGCACACACCCCCAAUGGACGUAUUCAGUAUGUAACAUGCCGGGCUCUAACAUGCUCAGAGCCCAACAGAAACUACCCCUUCCCUGGAUACAUCGACAUCAGCUCACUGGUGGUCCAAGAUGACUAUAUGUUUAUUCAGGUUACUACAGCAGGACAGGCCAGCUACUAUGUGUCCUACCAGAGGGAUCCAUUCCUCAAAAUCAAACUGCCCAAAUAUUCUCUGCCUAAGGACCUCCACAUCGUCAGCACAGACGAGCACCAGGUGUUCGCGGCAGUACAGGAGUGGAACCAGAACGACACAUACAACCUGUACCUCUCCGACACCCGGGGCAUCCUCUUCACCCUGGCCAUGGAGAACGUCAAGACCACCCGCGGCCUGGGGGGCAACCAGAUGCUGGACCUGUAUGAGGUAGCAGGUAUCAAAGGCAUGCUGAUCGCAAACAGGAGGCUAGACAACCAGGUGAAGACCUACAUCACCUACAACAAGGGCCGUGAUUGGAGGUUGUUGCAGGCCCCGGCGACAGACCUGGCUGGCAACGACAUCCACUGUAUACUGCCCUUCUGUUCGCUCCAUCUCCAACUGCAGACGUCUGAAAACCCCUACUUGUCAGGCAGCAUAUCAACCAAGGCCUCAGCACCGGGAAUCAUAGUGGCCACAGGGAAUAUUGGGUCUGACCUGUCUUACAAUAACGUUGGAAUGUUCAUCUCAUCUGAUGCUGGUAACAACUGGAGACAGAUAUUCGAGGAGGAACACAAUGUCUGGUUUCUGGAUAAAGGGGGGGCCCUUGUCGCUGUGAAACAACCAACCGCCCCCACUAGACAUUUACAAAUCAGUUUUGAUGAGGGGCGUCAGUGGACCAGACACAGCUUCUCCUUGGUGCCUCUGUUCGUGGACGGGAUGCUGGUGGAGGCCGGGACAGAGAACCAGAUCAUGACGUUUUUUGGACAUUUCAGCCAUAGGUCCGAGUGGCAGCUUAUCAAGAUAGACUACAAGUCCAUCUUCAACAGGAAAUGUACAGAAGGAGACUAUCAGACGUGGCACCUUCACAACAAGGUAAGACCUCUUAAACAGGAAGUCGGUCCAACUUAUCAAUAUGUGUCCUUAUUACCUAAUAGCAAUGUAUUUACAUGUGAUUAUGGCUAUGAACGGCGUAGAGAAGGGAACUGUCUACCAGCGUUCUGGUUCAACCCAGCUGUUGUAUCAAGGAGCUGCAGCCAAGGACAGAACUACCUCAACAGCACAGGGUACCGAAAAGUGGUGUCCAACAACUGCAUCAAGGGAGUCAAGGACAUGUACACACCCAGGAAGCAGAUGUGUCCCAACAGGGUUCCAAAAGGCCUUUCUCUCUCCACCAGAGAGGGCAAGCUUACCGCCGACCUGCACACCAACGUCACCUUCCUGGUGCAUCUGGAUGAGGGUGACUCAAUGAGAACCAACAUCCAACUGGAUUUCGGAGAUGGCACGGCAGUCUCCUACUCCAACCUGAGCUGGAUCGAAGAGGGUAUCAGACAUGUUUACAAGACGGCUGGGAUAUUCCGUGUCUCGGCCUUGGCGGAAAACACCCUGGGAUUUGAUACUACAUCGUUGUACCUUCAUGUUACGUGUCCUGUGGAACAUGUCCAGUUGCUGGCUCCAUUUGUGGCCAUCAAGAACAAGGAAGUAAACCUAACAGCAGUGGUGUGGCCCAUCCACUCCAGGACCGUCACCUACUUCUGGUGGCUGGGGAACAGCACUGAGGCAGUGAUCAGCUUAGACGGGAGCAUCUCGUACACCUUCACCAGCGAGGGAAUGAACACUGUUACAGUCCAAGUGUCUUCAGCCAACGCCAUACUGCAAGACACCAAGACGAUAGCAGUCCAAGAGUUCUUCAAAUCUCUGCUUUUAUCUUUCUCCCCUAAUCUGGACGAGUACAACCCUGACGUCCCCGAGUGGAGACAGGAUGUGGGGAGAGUCAUUAAGAAGGCUCUGCUCCAAGUGUCAGACUUUCCAGAGGAUCAGCUAUUGGUUGCAGUGUUUCCAGGUGUGCCAACGGCCGCUGAGCUCUUCCUGUUACCACACAAGAACCAAUCAGAGGGCAGGAAAAAGAGCGAGGAGGAGCUAGAGCAGAUCUCUGAGAUACUUGCCAGCGCUCUGAACCAGAAUCUGGUGGAGUUUGAGCUAAAGCCAGGAGCAAGAGUCAUCGUUUACAUCACACAGCUAACGUUGGCACCCUUGGUGGAUUCCAUCCCGAGACACAGCAGUUCAGCCAUGCUGAUGCUCCUAUCAGUAGUAUUCCUGGGUUUAGCAGUGUUUCUCAUCUACAAAUUCAAGAGAAAAAUCCCCUGGAUGAACAUAUACGCGGAGGUGAAUCAGGAGAAAGAGCAGGAGAUGAUCGGUUCGGUCAGCCAGAGCGACAGCACGCCUAAGACCACCCUCAGUGAGUUCUCUACGCCCAAAGAAGUCACGGAGAAGGAGAUGGACGCCAGAGUUAAACGGCGAAUUGGAAAUGCCUGCGAGAGCACAAGGGAGAUUCCUAACUGUACUAGCGUGUAAAGCCGAGGAAGGAAUGCAACAAAUGUGUACAGACUUAAAGUAUUGCCAUUUUGAGGGUUCGCUCUAUUCUGGUUUCUUUUGUAAUUUCUCAAACACAACCCCAAUGUUAAUAGUUUUCUAAGGACCUCAUUUAUACUGAAGUGCAUGGGUGUCUUGUUUGAUAGCAUCUAUGCUGCAAAUUUGAAAUCAAUCCACUAAAUAAGACACGUUUUAAUAACAAGUAUAAGCUACAUAGGCCUACUGUAGCACAAUUUGGAUUAUAAAGAAAGGUUUAAUUUUCAGUCCGUAAUUGUCUUAUUUCAUGGACUUUUCUCAAAGCCUUUAUCAAAACCUAUGAAGAGAGUUAUGUACAUUUCUCAACGUUUUAGUUUUCAUGAGGUCUAAGAGUUUUUGUCUGUAUGAGCCAUCAUGUCUAGGUCUCCGAUCUAACAGGGAAUAUUAUUGAAAUUGUACCAUAUUAUCUUUAGAUAUCCGUUAUCGCUCUGUAUAUAAUAUAUGUAUAUUUACUUUCCACAAGCUUGUAUUAAAAGUACAAUGCCGAACACAGGAGAUCUAGUCAUGGCCUGUUAUCAGUUCUUAAAAGUGUGUUAAAAAGCAAGAUGUUACUGAUAGAAAGAGUCCAACUUUGUUUUUAAUGAGGUCCUUGACUUGUGCAUGUUACUAUUAAGGACGAGAUGUAUGUGUUGUAGAUAAGCAAGUGUUGUAAAUAGUUAUUUUCUAUUAAUUAAAAGAGCUCAGUCAUUUUUAAAUACAGUAUGUAUACAGACUCGCAUAUUCUUCAUUUAGUUAAUUUAUGGCUAUACAAUGUAUCUGUCUUGUACAAAGGGUUUAACUGUUAAGAUGGACAAAAUUUUCUAAAUAUUAAACCAGGAAAACGCAACGCCACCCCUGCUUGAAACAAAAUAAAACACAUAAUUGAUGGUCAUCUUUACCUGCAUCUCAACAGUUAAACUCUUUGUAACAGACAACUCUUGACAUAAACAUCAUGGGAUUAUUUCUAUUGUUUGCCCUUUGAAAGUAACGAGAAAAGUGGAAUCAACCAUUUAUGAUCCGUGGAUAUAAUUUGUGUCUGACUCAUCAAGAGGAUCCCACAUUGUUGUGCAUGUCAGUUGUUACUCCUGAUGAGUAUAUUGUUUAAGGCCCAUCAGCGUGACAAGGACAAGUAGCUUCGGGGUAUUUUGCAGUGAUAUGGUUUAUCAUGUCCUUUGCUGGCAUCUAUUCAUAGAGUGUUCUAUCUCUGUAAAGCAUGUCAACUCUCAUAGAGUUUCAAGAUAAUCUCCUCAAACAUUAUCUCCAUACAAGAAGGGAACAGAACAACUUUGUGUUGACUUUCCACUCGUCUGAUGAGGUGUCUAGAGUAAAAACUACACAAGACAAUGAUUUUAAACCACCAUCUCCUCCAUAUGAGUCUUAUCAAAUCAUCCCACUAUCAACACAUUUCAUCAGCUUCAUUUAGAAGUUAGAAACCAACUGUUGAGUCAAGUUCCACCACUUGAAUUCCCUUACGUGGUGAAAUACACACAAUAGUGUACAUGCUGUCUAGUAGCUAGUUUCCUCCACUACACUGCUGUACAAUGCAGUCCUCUGAAAGCUGUCACUAGCAGGAGUAGCAGGAGAUCCAGUCACGCACAGGUCCCUGGCAGCAGGUGUAGCCAGUCUGGCGGUAAGCGGAGAUGGGUGGUUGAUUAAGCACCGAAUUCACCAUGCCGAGCUAUCCCACAAUGCCGUGCCUGGAGUCGGCAUGUGAUGACACAGGAAAGUGAGAUGAGAGAAGGGCGGGAAUGUUUAGAGAAUGUUGGACAAGGAAAGUGAUUCCCAUGAUCGUGUUUACAAGUGUGUUCAGUAGUAAAGGAAAGAGGCGGAGCUUCUGUAUCUAUAGUCCCGUGUUACAUUGUAACAAGCAUGGUGUUACAUUCUAAUAAGAGUGUUAUAGCAGUUGUCAUAGCAAACUGUUGCUGUAGCGACAUGCUAACGUUGUUUUGAUUUAUCAAACUCCAUCCACAGAGGCAUUCUUCCACACAGGACAUAACAAUGCAACAAAUUGUUUUGUUGAACGUACGAUAAUUGCAUCAUCCUCACUCAUCUGACUGUCCCUAUUUUGUUUGUUGUUGACAACUCAUUUUAAUGUUCUCAAUGUCACGUCGGCUUUGUUCAAAUACUUAUUAAAAAGAAAGAUGAUUAACGUCGUGACAGAUAACGGGAACAUUGAAGUGUUUUUUCUUUGUGUCAUCUCUGCCACCACCAGUUCCUAAGGUGACUCUUCCAGUUCCUCCACUGGCAGACAAAGAUGAACUAGCUGAGCUAAAAGGUCACUCAGAGUUCAUCCACAUGUAUAAUUCCUUUUAUUUCCCCUGAAUUUCUUCGGAAAGACUUUCCUUUGACACGUAAGGCCAUUAGAACGGUGGAUUACAACCAUUCAUCCCAUGAGCCUCGAAGCUCCUUUCACCCUAUGAGCGGGAAACACGCGUUGGCAUUUCAGCCUUGGUUGUCGAUCAUUCAACGGUGCUGUUCUUCAGACAUCCCUCAGAGGCAAGACCUGUUUAUAUUUGUCUGUACUGCUGCAGGUUUUGUAGGGAAAGUAGUUGGGUUGUGUUACAUUUGUUACAGUUUGUCUGCUUAUUUAUUGGUGUAGAUAUUUUAUCCUGCAACGUUCGUUUGAACAGUUUUCUCUUGUGUUCGUUGCUUUACAUCAGAUUCUAUUGAGCUGGUUUGAUUAUUUUUUUGGUGCAAAUGUUGAAUAAGAUGAUCUGUGAAAUCUGAAAGGGAUACAAGAUUGUGGGAAAGGGAAAUUAAGAAAUCUUAGUGUACAUAGACGCAUUAAUGAGGUCAGUGGAAUUUGUCUACAUUUAGGCUAUUGUUUCUAUGUGUAUUUCACACUAUGUUGAGGUAAAAACCGGAGUAUAAUGCUUGUAUGGAUGUCAUCGUGACCAAUCAACGGCAUUACAGUUAAAAACGACUUUGACUACCACCACAGAGUUCUGUAUGCUAGCUAUGCUACCAGCUUAUACGGACAGGAGUUAGCAUUUAGCAGUCACUUCUUCAAACCUGAAAAGGGAGAACUUCUAAAAUGUUAUGCAGCCAAAACAGCAAAACAUACGCAAAUCACACUAUAGUAACCACUUAGUGGGCCUGUUACAGUAUAUCAAUCAUGAUGGAUUUGACAACUCUCUACUUUGUUAGAUCAGAUUUGUUGAAUGUGCGCUACUCCCCACGGUCUGUGUUCCAUUGACCUCUUUACCACAUGUAUUAUGAUUCUAAGGGCAGACCAUUGUAAUACUCUUCAUUGCACAAAUGCAUGCAUCAUCAGUACUGUUCUGUUUCAUCUUUAUUUCAAUAUUUCUACUGUUAAGAAACUGUCAUUUUGAAAUUGUUUCAAAUAAAUGUAUUUUUCUACAUCAAAGCAA